AACCCGCCGUUGAAGAACCCGCCGUUGAAGAACCCGCCGUUGAAGAACCGCCUUCUGAGGAAGCGCCUACUGAGGAACCACCUGCUGGGGAAUCAUCGGAAGAAACUCCAGCUGAAGAAGUCCCGGCAGAAAAAGAGCCUGCUGUGGAAGAGGCACCUGCUGACGAGCCUGCUGAAGACCCUGCCCCUGAAGAGGAAGCUCCAGCCGAAGAACCUCCGGCAGAAGAGGUACCUGCUGAAGAACCUCCUGCGGAAGAGCCUGCACCUGGGGAAGCUCCCGCCGAAGAGGAGGCUCCUGCUGAAGAACCCGCCGCUGAAGAACCUCCUGCUGAGGACGCUGCUCCUGAAGAGUCUGCUGCGACUGAAGAGCCACCAGCAGAAGAAGCUCCCGAGGAACCCCCUGCUGAAGAGCCUAUGCCCGAAGAAGCUGCUGAAGACCCUCCAGCAGAGCCCGCUGAAGAACCUGCACCAGAAGAAGUUCCCGCUGAAGAAGCCCCCGCUGAAGAGCCAGUUGCUGAAGAACUACCUGCAGAAGACCUGCCAGCUGAGGCUCCCGCUGAAGAGACUGCUCCUGAAGAGGAACCAGUUGCUGAGGAAACUCCCGAAGAAGCUCCUGCUCCGGACGAGCCUGCGCCAGAGGAGACACCCACUGAACCAGCUGCUGAAGAAGCUCCCCCGGCUGAGGAGCCACCUGCUGAAGAGCCUGCUCCUGAAGAACCGCCUGCUGAUGCUGAUGGUGGAGAAUCAUCUAAGGACGAUCACCUUGCAGAAGCCGCCGCUGCUGCGGGGGCUGUGGCAGCCGGAGCAGCAGGUGCUGCAGCUAUACAUUCGCGCAGAAAGAAGCGACGGUCUACAGAUGUGGACGGCGAACGACGCCACUCUAGGAGCUCAUCUUAUGGAUAUCGCGAUCUCGAACGCGGCGGCAAGGGUGAUGGUAACGCCAUCACGAACCGUUGGGUGAAGGCAUUGGGAGAAGCCAAAAGAAAGCAUGAAGAGAAGGCCAAGCACGAGGAUAAGCGAACAAAACACCACAAAGUCGCCGUUAUCGAAAGAGGCCGCCGAUCAGAGGAGCGGGAACGAGAGCGCGGAGAAUCGCAACCAAGGGAGCAAAGACGAUCUAGACGUGCUUCGCGGUCUGAACGAACUGAACGAACCGUUGGGAAGGAAAGCGAAGUCCUCGAAACCAAAUCAAGACGUCGGAGUUCGGUAAGCUAUGAGCGAGACUUGGCCUCCUCGAAGCACGCGGCGAUGUCGGCUUCUUCAGCACCAAAGCCUCGAGCCUUCCUGAAGUACAUGAACACGGAGUCCGACACGAACGGUCCCUUGCUUAUGAUUAAUGGCCACAAAGCCUCUGCCAACGUGCGCUACCAUGACCACGGUCAUGGAAGUCGUCGGUCUUCGAAGAGCUAUGCCCAUAGCCACAGCCACAGCCAUAGCCGCACCCGUGAUGAGGGAAGGAAGUCACUCGAACGUUCACACUCCACCAGAUCUCGCCACAGCAACAAGGACGACGGCGAUGAUGAAGCAGCCCGACGAGAAGAGCGAGAAGCAAGACGGGCACGCAGAAAGGCCGCUGAAGAGGAGGAGAGGAAGCUCAAGGAGCAGCAAGAGCAGGAAGAGCAACAGAAGCAGCAAGAACAGCAACAGAAGGAAGCUGAGGAGAAAGAAUCUCGUCAUCGCCGGCAUUCGGGCGAGAAAGAGCACCGUCAUCGUUCUCAUCACCAUCGAAGUCGACAACUUGAGACUCCUCAGCCUCCGCGGCCGUCGAAAUUGAGACAGAUUCUUAAGGCUACUGUUGUGGUUUGUUGAUUUGCUUCGGUUUUGU